AUGCCUUUGGUCACUAACCUCAUCGACGACAAGUCCCCGCUCAUCCAAUACGAUUCUACCUGGUUGCCUGGAACGAGUGCUGACGAUCAACUUGAAGACCAGUACUACCACGGGACGUUCACUACCAACAAUGUAACAAACGGACAAGUGACUUUUACCUUCAACGGUACAGGAAUUUGGUGGUAUAGCGCUCGAAGGAAUAAUCAUGGCACUUUCGUGGUUCAAGUCGACGACAAUACGUAUGGACCCUAUGACGGGUACUCGGUCGAAGAGCAGUUCAUGGUCCCCAUCUUCAACAUCACCGAUUUGAAUCAAGGAACGCACAAACUCACUCUAACGAACACGGGGUCGGGAACGACUCUCUACGUUGGUGCCGAUUUGAUUGUAUGGCAAUCAAACGUUGGAAAUGAAGACGACCAAUUGAUCACAGAGACAAUCGACGACUCGGACUCGCGGUUCCAAUACCAGGAGUCGCUGUGGGAUUCACCUAGUGACGUCAACUUGUACAGCAAUGGCACAGGCCACUAUACGGAAGAACAAACCAGCGCAACCUUGACUUUCACAGUGCGAGAUAUGGUUACGUUGUUCGGUAAGACCGGGACUUCGAAUGGACCCUACACCGUUCAGCUAGAUGGUGGGCAGACCAAUACGUACAAUGCUACGGCCAAUCUUCCAUACUACGGAAUCACGCUUUUCCAUGCGGAUAACCUUGGCUCUGGUCAACACAAGCUAACCAUCACGAAUGCCCCUAGUACAAGCGGACAAGGACUGGGCAUUGAUUAUGCGUUGGUAUCGAACCUAUCGAGGUGA